AGUCGCCAUUGACAAUAGAAACGAUUUCUUCAAAGUUGGAGCCAUGGGAGCAUGAGAGCGGCGGUUCGUGUGAAGCGGCCGCCGCCGCGACCGCCGCCGGCGGUGGCGCAGCCAGUUGCCAAGGCGAAGUCAGAGAAGAUGCACCCCACUCUAGCCCCCCUCCUGAAAACUUUGAAGGUCCGGUUGGCCAUCGGCCCGCCGCUCGCGCCCACGGCCAAGGCCUUCAAGUCCUACGCCGAGACCUGCGCCUCCCUCCUCCGCCUGUGCCGCGCCGCCGUCAUCGGAAGCGCCUCCCCCGCUUCCACCUCGUCCUUCUCUACCAACCUGCCGCUCGCCCUCUCGCUGCACGCGCACGCUGUGCGCUCCGGCGUCGCCGCCGACCGCUCUGUGGCAUCGCACCUCCUCACCACCUACGCCGCCUUCGCUCGCUCCGCGGAGCGCGACCGGGCCUUUCUUGACUGCGUUGACGCGAACGCGGCUUCCUCCUUCACCUACGACUUCAUGGUGUCGGAGCACGUCAAGGCGGGGGACAUCCCUGCCGCUCGGAGGCUGUUCGACGGAAUGCCCGAGAGGAGCGUCGUGUCUUACACGAUCAUGGUAGACGCGCUGAUGAAGCGUGGCUGCGUGGAAGACGCGGUUGAGCUGUACGAGCAGUGCCCGCUCGGCUCCGUGGCCUUCUUCACCGCGAUGAUUUCUGGGUUUGCCCGCAAUGAGCUCCACCGGAGCGCUCUUGGCGUCUUCCACGACAUGCUCGGCUCCGGCGUGAGGCCUAACGACAUCACCUUUGUAUGUGUAAUCAAGGCAUGCGCGGGCGCAGGAGACUUUAGUGCCGCUAUGUCCAUCGUUGGAUUGGCGAUAAAAUCAAACUUCUUCGACAAAAACAUCGAGGUACAGAAUCAUCUGAUCACGCUGUACCGGAGAAUGGGAGACACAGCUUCUGCCUUCAAGGUGUUUGAUGAGAUGGAGGCGAAGGACGUGGUCUCGUGGACCGCGUUGCUUGAUGUGUACGCUGAUGCUGGUGACCUUGACGGAGCUCGGCGGGUUCUUCACGCAAUGCCUGAGAGGAACGAGGUCUCCUGGGCUACUUUGAUUGCUAGGUGCGAGCAGAAAGGGGAUGCAGCAGAAGCAGUGAGUCUCUACAGUGAAAUGUUGGCUGAUGGCUGUAGGCCCAACAUUUCAUGCUUCUCUAGUGUGCUCAGUGCUAGCGCUAGUCUUCAGGACUUGAGAGGAGGAGCGAGGAUUCAUGCACGUACCCUGAAGAUGGGCUGCAGCACCAAUGUUUUUGUGUCCAGCUCUCUGAUUGACAUGUACUGCAAAUCCAACAAGUGCAGAGAUGCACAAAUAGUUUUUGAUACCAUCCCACAAAAGAACAUAGUGUGCUGGAACUCUCUCAUUUCAGGCUACAGCUACAACGGAAAAAUGGUGGAAGCUGAGGAUCUCUUCAACAAGAUGCCAGCAAGGAAUUCAGCUUCAUGGAAUACGAUUAUCUCCGGUUACGUGCAAAAUCGACAGUUUGUUGAUGCGCUCAAAUCUUUCAAUGCAAUGUUGGCUUCGGGACAGAUUCCGGGGAAAAUUACAUUCUCGAGUGUUCUUCUUGCUUGUGCAAACUUGUGCUCAGUAGAGAUGGGCAAGAUGGUUCAUGCUAAGACCAUCAAGCUGGGAAUCGAGGACAGUGUUUUUGUAGGUACUGCACUUAGUGACAUGUAUGCCAAGUCAGGGGAUCUAGAGAGCUCCAAGAAGGUAUUUAAUCAAAUGCCUGAAAGAAAUGAUGUCACUUGGACUGCCAUGAUUCAAGGGCUUGCUGAAAAUGGUUUCGCAGAGGAAUCUAUUCUCUUAUUUGAGGAUAUGAUGGCAACUGAAAUACCACCAAAUGAACAUACAUUUUUAGCUGUUCUGUUUGCUUGUUCCCAUGGUGGUUUGGUGGAGCAAGCUAUACACUAUUUUGAAACAAUGCAGGCAUGGGGUCUUUCACCUAAAGCGAAACACUAUACAUGUAUGGUUGAUGUCCUAGCUCGAGCCGGUCGGUUGACAGAGGCAGAGGAUCUAUUGAUGAAAACUCCAAGUAGAUCAGAAGCAAAUUCAUGGGCUGCCCUUCUGAGUGCCUGUAGUACUUUCAGGAAUGAGGAGAUUGGCGAGAGGGCUGCAAAGAAGCUUCGUGAGUUGGAGAAGGAUAACACAGCAGGCUAUGUGCUACUCUCAAAUAUGUAUGCAUCAUGUGGAAGAUGGAAAGAUGCUGCAGAGAUGAGGUUACUGAUGAAAGGGAUUACACUUAAGAAAGAGGGAGGGUGUAGCUGGGUUCAAGUAAGAGGUGAAUAUCACGCCUUCUUUUCUUGGGAGGCGAGGCAUCCACUGUCACUGGAAAUUGAUGAGAUCUUGGAUUUAGUAACAUGGGAAUUGUCCAUUUGAAGUUGUUGUGUUAGCAGAAUGUCAGUGAGGACAGUCUUUGAAAAAAGAACAUCUACUAUACCUAUUAAUUCUCUAAUUUCCUACAGAUACCGAUAACAAAAUGGAUUAAUUUCUGGAUAAUGAUCUGAAGGAAUUGAGUGUGGCGCCCCCAAUAUUGCUUGCCAUGAUGUAUUAAAUUGUAAAAAUAAGAUUUCCUCAUCCACAAAUCGAGCUGUAAAUUCUGUAGCAGGUUCGCGAUUGAAUUCACCAAGGAGAAUGGCUGCUGCAGUUACUGCCAAAUAGGUAGAAUAUACUUGAAAAAGCAUGCUGAUUUAGAGAAGUAUUUAUCGUUAUAGUAUGACCCUGCUCCUGGAACAUUAUCAUUUCACAUGGGUAUAUGAACCUGGAAUGUCUGGCGUUCA